CGAAUAAUUUACAUUUAUAGAUACAUUUUGUGUGCCACUGGCGUUUGGAUGGCGAACCUUCCCCCCUCCAUUAUGAAAAAUCGACCGGUCGGCGCGAGCGCCUCUCUCGCUAACUGCGCCAACUACCCGCGCGGCAAUCCGGGGAGUUGAGUUGAGAGCAACUCUUUUGCCCGUUCGUGACGUACCCGUAGUUUCCUCCUGAUAAUUUCGCGAUUAUUUACCAAAAAAAUUUGAGUAAAAAGUGCGCUGGAGCCGGAUAAAAACAUUCCAGACAUGAUUGUGGUGCGGGUGCUGUGUAUUUUUGUGCUCGGAUAUUGUGCCGCGGCCUCUGACAGUCAAGAAUUUAACACAGAUGACGCCCCACAUUUAGACAUAUCCAACCUCGAGAACGGCUACCACGGUAUCGUAAAGGAGAACGAGACGGUCGUGGAGGUGACACCUCCGAUUCGGGCAACCGGUGUCCAGGUGUGUCGAUUCCGGAUCGUAAACAAGCACCAUGGCGAAGCCCCUUUCGAAAUUGAGUUACGCGAAGAUGGACAUGCGGAGCUCAGGGCCAGGCGGAGUCUCAACUGUGAGAAGCGGAAGAACUACAAGUUUGAUAUUGCGGCAGUCGGUUGCAAUGGGAAACAAAGUGUCAGUGCCACUGUACAUAUCACAGUAUCGGACGUCAACGAGUACGCGCCGACGUUCACCGAACCGAGCUAUGUAAGGCAAGUAGAUGAGGGCAGGAUCUAUCCGGAAAUUGUCAGGGUAGAGGCUACUGAUAGAGACUGCACUCCCAAAUUCGGCGAUGUUUGUAAAUAUGAGAUAUUGACCAAUGAUCAGCCGUUUGUCAUCGAUAUUGAUGGAGUUAUCAGAAAUACCGAGCCUCUUGACUACGAACGUUCUCACAACCACAUUCUGAGCGUCAUAGCAUAUGACUGUGGAAUGCGUCAGUCUUUCCCAGCUUUGGUCACAAUCAAGGUAAACCGCGUAUGCAGACUAGGAUGGAGAGGGCUUCCAGAGAGAGUGGACUACGCUCCCAUGACUGGCAAGCAGGAGCUGUUCCCUAGCGCCAGCUUGGAACUGUGUGACGUCCCAUGCAAUGUUCGGGAACUGAGAGCCAGAGUGGACUUAGCUACAAGACAUAUUGGUAAAGGUUGUGACAGAGACACUUAUUCAGUCCAAUCACAGCGCAAACUGUGCGGUGCCUCACCGUCUGCCAUCGAUCUCUUACCAUCUCCAGGUGCGGGUGCCGAGUGGACCAAACCCUUAAUCUCAGACGAAGGACAUGAAUCAGACCAGAUGUUUGAAUUUGACGGGAGCAGCACGGCAGUUUCUAUCCCAAAUUCCGUUCUCGAUCAUAAUUUGCCCAGCACAUUUACCAUUGCUACUUGGAUGAGACAUGGAGAACAUAACGGACAAGAUAAACAUACUAAGGAACAUAUUUUGUGUUCUGCUGAUGACCAUAAUCCGCCUGUACACAAAACUUUUGAAAUGAACAGACACCAUUAUGCUUUGUUCGUGAGAAACUGCCGACUGAUCUUGCUGCUGCGUCGCGACUUUUCCGAAGGUGACUUGAAUAUCUUCAGGCCUGCUGAGUGGAGAUGGAAGAUUCCACAGAUCUGUGAUGACCAAUGGCAUCAUUAUGCGAUCAACGUCCGUUUCCCUGAUGUAGAAUUAUUCAUUGAUGGACAGGCGUUCAGAUCUGAAAAGAAAAAUCCCGAAGUGAUUGAUGACUGGCCAUUGCACCCGACAAAGGGAAUCAACACAACUUUGACGGUUGGGGCGUGCUGGCAGGGCUCCGAUAACAAAAUGAAGCACCACCUGAAGGGCUACUUGGCUGGUUUGAGUGUUCUUGUCGGCGAAAACGAAAAACCAGAGGUGCUUAACUGUUUGCACCAAUGCAAGGAGAGUCUGCAGGUACCCAGUAUGGAGCUUUUGCAACCGGGCAUGGAACUUCUUACAAACUCAGACCUAACUGAAGUGACUGUCGAAGGUGACAACCGCACUAACUUGGAAAUUCUCGUUCGCAAAAUCGGAUACGCUAAUACCCGAGAGUUUCCUACCCCGGGCAGAAGAAAUUUGAAGUUGACUACCACUGUCACAUGUGAUAAUGGAAAAACCGUGAAGGUUCCUGACGCGCAAACGUAUGUUAUGGUCCUAAGACCACAAACGCCUAGUAUAAACCUCAAUGGAACUGGAAAUAUGGCUAGGAAAUAUGAAGAUUUUCGAAUGGGCGUAAGAGUGCUGGCUGACAUUCAUAUUUCUGGCGAACAAAAAUUGGACAAAUGUCAAUUAACUAUUUAUCCUAACCUAAACCCUGACCACGAGAACUUGGCAGUACCAGAAGAAAUGCUAAAACACCUCGGUAUGGCUGCCCGUGUAUCCAAAGACGGCGUCACUAUUACUGGAUCUGAUAUGGUGUUUAAUUAUCAGCAGGUUUUGAGACAACUCGUUUACACUAACAGAAAGCCAGCAUACUAUCUUAAUAGAGUUUUUAAGCUGAGUUGUUCUGAAUUAAACGGUAGAUUUACCAGCAAUGAAUAUGUCCAGACGCUUACCGUAAUACACCCUCAACCAAAAGAAUCCAUAGUAGCUCACGCUAAAAUCAACAAACAUAACGUGGAAGUGAGACCAGCCUCCGUGAUUUCUCACGAAUAUGUCCAGGCCAAUCACUUGAAUCUGAUGGCUAGUGGAGGAUCCCACGCUGUCACCAUUAUUGUUGUUGUCUGUGUCGGUUUUUUGCUGUUCAUGAUCGUACUUGGUGUUAUAAGAAUCAGGGCUGCCCACCAAAAAUCGUCCAGUGACGAUGCCCAAGACGGUGAAAUGACUUGGGAUGACUCUGCUUUAACUAUUACUGUGAACCCAAUGGAGACCGCACAACGCAAACUGGACCGUAACGGCUGCACCUCUGGAGAUUUUUCGGAAUCCGAACAUUCCGAUUCGGAAACUUCGUCCGAUGAAGACGGACCUGGAGAUGGACCUUGCCGCAUCCGUGCUGACUCUUCAGAUGAGGACGAUGAUGACAUUCCAGCCUCCACAAGACGCAAGAGAGACUACCAAAAUGUCUCGCAGCUCGAAUGGGACAACAGCACGAUGUAAAUGGGUGGUUCAAAGGGUAGAAUGUUUACCAGGGGAUAGAACAAAAUGCGUUUUAUUACAGUGUUUCUGCUUUAUACACCGGCAACAACAGUAAGAAUUUCAGCUAUGUUAUUAUAUUUAUCUAAUUGUUGUACUCUCACAAGUUUAAUUAAGCCCAAUCCUUAGUGUUUAAUCAUAAUAUGUUUAAGUAUUACUCUAUAUACUAAAUAUUUGUGAAGCCCCUUAUUAUUCUACCAAAAAAAAAACAAAAUCCAUAUUAAAUGUCACGUUGCUGUGCCAUAUAAGCAACCUAAAGAGGCAACGUUCCAAAAAAAAAAUUUCGUUGCUCAAAAACACUGUUAGUGUACUACGGCUUUUACAAUUCAAAAAAAAGCUUAUAUUUUCUUUUGCCGUUUAAAAAAUAUAUGAUACCCUUUCGUGUAAUCUCUAACAGUGUUUUUUAAGCUACCCCCGACUUAAAAAUUGAUAUCAACAAUAAUCGUCCAUGAAAAUUAAUGUUAGAAAAAAAUAUAGUAUACAGUAUGUUGUAUAAUGUAUUCCCUUUACAUUUGAUUGUGUGUAGUAGGUAGGAUUUUAUUCAUUUUUGAGAGCUACUACCACACUAGUGGUAAACCCUUUUUUUAUUUUAGUUUUAACACUUAUUUGUAACCUAUUGUAUUUAUAUAUCCUCGCCAUUUUUAAAAUUUAAAUUUAGGUAAAUAUUAACUGUUUGUUGUAAACCUAAACCUUUCUAACCGUAAAAGUAUUAUUUUUCAAAUUUCGUGUUCGUUUUUUUGUUCUUUGGUGGUUAUUAUUUAUUUAACAGUAAUUUGUUUUAUUUUUACACCUAAUUGAUUAGAUUUAUUUUAUUGGGUAGAUAAACUGCACAUUUUAAAAAACCAUUUUUAGAUUUUUAUUAUAUCUCAAUAAAAAUAGUUAGGCCUGACUAUUUUUAGGUUUUCAGUCAUUUAGAUCAAACUGACUUGUUCAGAUAAACUAGAUGUUCUUUUCAAAAUUUUGCACAAUGAUUAAUUGAAGAUAUACAAUUAUUAAUAGAAAAAGUAUUCACAAAUAAAAAAUAGGCUAAACAGCUAGAUACGCUAUUGAAACAUCUUGAUUUGGCGACGAGCGACGUAUCGCAAUAUUCUGUUCUCUAUUACACAACCCUUUGGCGAUGAUGUAAACCAUUAUCAGUUAGUUGAGAUCAUUUAUUUCGCAGUUAUCAGUUGCAGUUCCGCAGUUAAACAGUGCACUGCUGAGUAUGGAAUAAAGCGACAAAUAAAAAAAAUACUGAGUAGUUUUUCUUUUUCCUUCAAUCGAUUUAUUGAAGUUCACAGUAGCACAAAACGUCAAUUUGCCCUCCAUUGUAAGUGGAAAGCCAAACCACUGCCAUUUAAAAAAAAAGCAAAAAAUUGACACUUCAGGUGAUUACCUGACGGACCUAUGAACCAAAAGCAAGGCACCAAGGUCAAAAAAAUAGAAAGAGCAGGGAGGGGGAGGGGAUAAGAUUAGAAGAUCUUGCAUUUUCCUUAAAGCUUAAAAAGCCCACAGCCUUCAAUCAAGGUCCCAAACAAAACAGGUUCUAUAAAACCCUCCCCAACCCCGAUAUGGGUACUGGCUUAGCAAAGCUAUGACUCGAAAAAAGAAAUAAAUUUAUAGUUCCAAAUCGACUAACACCCAACAAAAUGAAAAAUCAUUUGAAAACCAACUACAUCCAUUAGCUAGUAAAAAUGAGUCUUUUAAGAAACAGGUCGUUGAUAUGAACUCUAAACCCGAGGAGUGGAGGAGAUGUUAGGCAUAAAUCAACAUUUUACCAUAAAUAAUAAAAAUCUUUUAACGCAUUUGAUGAUGCUGAAGAGUUAAAUAAAAAAAAACUAGGACCCCGUAAGGAGAAUGCGGGAAUUUUGCCGACCCCACAGGACGUGUAGUAAACGUAUCUGAACUGGAAUACCAUGAAAGAACACUAAAUGAGGAGUUUGAUGCCCGAGAAUUACCAGAUGCAAAUCAAAUAAAAAUUACAACUUGACAAACCAAAGAAAUUACUUAGACCCAAAGAGAAACCCAUUGUUUAUGUCGCUGAAUAACUUAUCUCUACAGGGCAAAGGGAAGAUCUUCGAAACCAUUACCUUAAAAGUUCCAAAGGUUGUAUUAAGGGAUACGCCAAACUGAGAAAUUAAAUAUCACAUGAUUGCAGAUAAUAAGACCAAUAUCUUGAAAACCCAGAGGCAAAGAUUUGGCUUGGAGCUUUUUUGCAAAAAAUCCUCAAGAACAACAGAAAAUUAGUCAAACUCUUUAGGAAAAAUUCAAUGUAGUUCUAUUUAUUUUUCCUUGACGCGAAUUUCAAUCUGGAUGAGAUAAAAGAGGAACUGAAGAAAUGGGGGACUAUAUAUUAAAUAUAAUAUAUGCAAUAAAAAUUUAUUUAUUUUUUAUUAUAUUUUUUGCUUAUGAACUUCUAUACACCUCGGUAAUCAAUGUUGUUUUGAACGCUUUUUAGUCAUGCUAUCAGCAGUGGUAGAAUGUACUCUAUUUUUUUUCUAUAUCAACUGUUAUCUGGUUUGAAAUUCUAUCGCAAGUGGAUAUUGCAAUUCAAAUUCUUUGAAGUUGACUUAUUGCACGAAGGCGCCUAAGCGUUCCUAGAACUGGAACUGAGAGAUUAAAUAUUACACAACUGACUGACUGACUGAAGAAGUUGCACGCCAAAGCCGUGAGAGCGCGCCACCAGCGAUGCUUCGAUGGCGUAUAGUAGGAACAGUCAUACAGAUAGUUUAAAUACAAAGAUUUCUGAUUUUAUAUAUAACAUAUAAUACACACAUAUAAUACAAGCAAGAAAUGAAAGACAAAAAGGAGCAGUCUUAAAGAUUGAAAAAUCGAGACGUUUUUGAUUUUGGUUAAGAAGAACUCGUGCAAUGUGAUCCUCGUGUGGUAAGAACUUUUGAAUUCCGGUGUAAUUGCGUUAGUUUCUUGCUCUGUUUCCAAUUUAAAUUCGUGCAAAGGGCAUAAACUUUACUUUUAAGGUAUCCCAAUAAAAGAAGUCUGAUAGGGUUGUAUCGAGAGACCUUAUUGGGCAAUGUAUGUCUCCAAAGCGAAAGAAUAUCUGAAAUCCGGAAAUGAUUCACGUCUAGGUUGGGAUCGAGUAAAUUUGCGGCCAGAUUUGGGGUUGAGACCUAUACAAUAAUGGAUAUUUUUAUAGAGUACUGGAAGUAAAGCCUCUAAUAAACGUCUAGAAAAAUUUAAAUUAAUUAAGUAUUUAACCAUAUGUUUUCAAAUAAUACCUAUCUAUCUAGUUUUUCUGAUAAAUUAAGUUUAGAACAGGAAUCUCAAAAGCUAAAUGAAAAUCCCAACCAAAUUCAAAGCUUGCAGUAAAAUUUGCAGUUUAUCACCAUUUUUUUAACGUUUUUAACAGAGUAACUAAUACUGAUACUUACCAGCUUUUUUGUACUUAACUAGUUCGUAAGCUAAAUAGUUAGUUGUUGUACGGCCGUGUUUCCCCCCUAUCACUUAUUUUAAAAUUUCACUAAUAAUAAACUAUAUUUCAAUCAUAUCAAUUUUUUACGUGUGUGCAAUCACUAGCGGCUGUCCUUGUUUGGUGUUUUCGCAUAAAGAUCCCAACAAUUUUAUUUCAACGUUAUACCGCAGUUUUUUUUAAUAGAGUAUUUGCACCCUUGCAACAUUAGAAGUAAGAAACUGAAUCCCGCUUUUAAAAUUGUCUUAUAAAAACAUAGAGCAGGGAUUUUGUUUCUGAAAGUGUUAAAUUAAGGAUGUAUUUUAGCCUUAAAAUGUCUUUAUUCUAGGCAGUUUUUGUUCGGCCACCAGUUUUUUUUACGUUGGCAAUGGUUUGACAAUUUAAAAUUGAAAAUAAACUUGUAAACUGAAAAAUCACUACACAGGACCACAAAAUAUUUUUUUAAAUCUACCAGGCCUUUGAUUGAGGUUUUUUGGUUUGCUGAUCUCAAAUCCGAUUAGGAUUGAGAGAAAAUAUUCUAAAAGUCUUAUUAAAAAUGUAUGUAACAAGUGUGUAAAAUGAUCCUUUUUUUAUGAAUGGGAAAUUUGUCCAUUCCCUUGAAUUCGUCUCCUUUAUUUAAAAGAAAAAUUAGCAGCCACAUUAUUGAUCUCUGUUCGCCAAGUUAGCUCAAGACAGGCUUUUUGCAGAUUAGCUGGUUUAUAUUAUUACAAACUAUAUGAAAAUAUUAAGCACAUUUAGACAAUGUUAGUCUGUAGACUUAAAGCAAUCAAAUCAAAUUUUUGUUUCUUAUAGAUAUUAAAAUAUUUUGUAAUUACCGUAAUUUGAUUACAUGGUUAAGGUAGGAAGUGAUCUUUAACUUCGCCAUUUGCCAUUUAUAGUUUACACAUUAAUAAAAUACAGUAAUUAUUAUUAUUAUUAUUGACAGGUUUAAAUAUUUUGGUUCGGAAAAAAAAAUAUGCAUUUGUUUUCUUUUGUUAUAUUUAAGUAUCAGCAAAGAAUAUUUUUAACUGAAGAGAAUAUUCAAAUAAUACGAGAGCCAUUAGAGUAAGUUUGCCAUUCAAUACAGAAUUUUGGUGCGAAUUAAAUUUGUUCCAACUAUUAUGUCGAAUACUGUAUAUAGGCCAGCUUUAAAAUAAAGAUAAAAAUUAGGAAAAAAAUAAGUGGCUAAAAAGUACGUUUAUCCGACGUUUGUAAAUCAGAAUUUUUUUGUACUAUUUUUCUUAAUUUACUCUAAAUCCUAUUGUUCUGGUACAACUAUGAAGUUCAGCGAUCCAAAAAACACUUAUUCAGUACUUACCCAGUAAAUUCUAAAAAAAUGUUUUGUGUUCUGUAUUAUAAUCGUUGAUGUCAAAACUGUAAGCUGCCAAUCGAAAUCCCGUAAAUUUCGUGUUUUUUGCCUUCUUUACUCGCACAAUUCAUUUAUUUUCGAAUAUCUUUAUUCUCUUAAACAAAAUAAUUGUGUAAAUACAUUUUGCAGCUCUAGGAUUAUUUUUUUGUAACUGUAGGAAAAAUAUAUAUUAUAUUGGGUACUUGAAGGAGGAACUUAAGUAACAUUAUACAUAAUAUAUACCGAUUUUAAUGUUAGGAAAAUAAGAAAAAACUUUAGUUUUAUUUUGGGAUAUCGCUAAAAAAAUAAAUAUUGUACUACUUAUGUUAAAAGGCAAUAUUUGUGGUAGAUAAAUAUGUAAGAUGGGUGACCCACAUCUGUUUCAGACCACCCUGUUUGCAAAAUAAAAAAAUAUCAAUUGUUGAUGCAAUACUACUUUUACCUCUACGUGUAUUUAAAUUGUGAAACAUGACGAUUCUUCCUGCAUUUUAUGUUUGAAAUUUUAAAGUAACAUUAGACGUAGAACGCUGUGAUUUUUAACAAGAAAAUUUUGUUCUUUGACGCAGGAAUUUCUCAGUUGAAAUAUGGCGAUUUGUGACCAGCUCAGUGUUGUAGUAGUGUUUAGGCGAAUUUUGUUUAUCAGAAUAGUAAAUUUUAUCUGGCGUUCAAUCGUCUCAACCAGAUUUUCAGUUCUGUAAAUAAAAAUCGAUUAAAGCAGUAGUAAAGUUGUUAGGACAGUCUGUUGUUGUUUAAGAGAAAAUUUUAAUGGUAGUUGAUAGUUGGUCAAACGUUUUCUAUUGUCUUUUAUUGGUGUAAUGGUAGAUUUAGAGUAGGGAUUGAUCAAAUUUCGCCAUAUUUCAUCUUUUUUGCAUACAAGUAGCAAGUCCAAUGAAGGUACACUAUUUUGUAUUGAAAUACGUAAUAAAUAACUUACAUUUAGGACAUUCCAAUAUAAGAGUAAGUAACAGAUAAUUGUCAAAAUUCUACUGAUAGAGAACAUUUUUUAAUUAUGCUUUUAACGAGAGUUUUGACAGUGAUCAUCAAUGUAAUUUUAAUUUUAUGUAACGUAAAUACCAAGGAAAAGCUUUUUUGUGUGUUAAACUAAGGAAUCAGAAUCAAAUAACCAUGUCUUUACUUUAGAUGUAAAUCACAAUAAUUACGUAAUGAAUAAAUGUAUAUUAAAUAAAAAA